UUUUUUGUGCGUUUGAAAUUAAAGAAUUUUGUCUGAAGAGGCAAAGCCCCAAUUCCUUUCCCCGACGACUCUUCAAGAAGAGGGGAAAGCAACCGAGAAAAAUAAAGAGUGUUCGAUUGGUGGAGAGGCAAAGCUGCGCAGCGCUGGUUUUCCUCUGUUGACUGCUCAACACUUCCGACGCUGCUACUUUGUAAUCCAUCUUCCAUUUUCCCUCUUUCUCUUUCUUUCUUAACGUUCCGGGUGUUUUGCAUUCAAGCAAUUUCGUUGUGCUCAACAAUGUCCUCUAGUCACUUCAUAUGCACCCUUACCUUAAUGAGACACGAGACGGAUCUCACUGGGUGUGUAGAACCACUUGACGUGAAUCCAUAUUAACCUUCCGCGUUGAUAUGACGAGACCGUUGCCAAUAGCAUAAUUUGAUAGAUGCCUACUCCUUGUUGAAAUGCAAAUGAGUGAGCUUUCAGUUGAUUCAAACAUUAGUAGUUACAUUACAAUCAACUACAGAGGAUAUCUUUUCAGUUCUUCCGUUCAUGUCACUUCAGUAUCACCUUUAAAUGCAGGAGAUAGUGUUUGAGGACAGCUGAAGCAAUUUAAAAGAAGUGUCAAACGGCUUCAAAACUGAACUGGGUUUAAUGGUUGAAAUGUGAUCCUGAACUGUUAGCUUUGUAGUUUUGUAAUGAGUUCUUCAUUACUUCCUAAACAUGUAGCCGCAGUUGUAAAGCACCAAAAGGACCCAUUAAAGGCACUUGAAAUGUUCAAUUCAGUGAAAAAAGAAGAUGGGUUUAAGCACACAUUGUCAACUUAUAAAUGCAUGAUUGAUAAGCUUGGUUGCCAUGGUAAUUUUGAGGAAAUGGAAAAUGUACUUUCAGAGAUGAGAAUGACUGUUGAUAAUACUUUGCUAGAGGGAGUUUAUAUUGGAGUCAUGAGAAAUUAUGGUCGUAAAGGGAAGGUUCAAGAAGCCGUUGAUGUGUUUGAGAGGAUGGAUUUUUAUAAUUGUGAGGCAACGGUUUUAUCUUACAAUGCAAUCAUGAAUAUAUUGGUUGAAUACCAAUAUUUUAAUCAAGUGCAUAAAGUUUAUAUGAGAAUGAGGGAUAAAGGGAUUGCUCCUGAUGUGUACACAUUCACUAUUCGGAUAAAGUCUUUUUGCAGAACAAGGAGGCCACAUGCUGCUCUGAGGCUUCUUAAGAACAUGCCUUCUCAUGGCUGUGAACUCAAUGCAGUCGCAUUUUGUACAGUUAUAGGUGGGUUUUAUGAGGAGAACUAUCAUGUUGAGGCAUAUGAAUUGUUUGAUAAAAUGCUGAGGUUAGGAAUUGUUCCUAAUAUCACUACAUUUAAUAAGCUUAUACAUACACUUUGCAAGAAGGGGGAUGUGCGAGGAAGUGAAAAACUGCUUGAUAAGGUUCUGAAGAGGGGAGUGUCUCCAAAUUUGUUUACAUACAAUAUUUUUAUCCUGGGGUAUAGUAAGAAAGGUGCAUUCAGUGAGGCCAUCAGUUUGUUAGAUAUCCUGGCAAGGGAAGAUUUAAACCCUGAUGUUGUCACUUAUAACACAUUAAUUUGUGGCCUAUGUAAGAACUCUAAGGUUGCGGAAGCUGAGUACUAUCUGCAUAAAAUGGUGAAUAAAGGUUUGGAGCCUGAUGGAUAUACUUACAAUGUUAUUAUUGAUGGGUACUGCAAACUUGGCAUGAUUCAAAAUGCUGAAAAGAUUCUAAAUGAUGCAAUCUUCAAAGGAUUUGUGCCAGAUGAGUUCACAUAUUAUUCCCAGAUUAAUGGUUUAUGUAAUGUUGGUGACAUAGAGCGUGCUAUGGCUUUAUUUCGAAAAGCUUCAGGGGAAGGAUUAAAGCCAAAUAUGGUUCUAUAUAACACCAUGGUCAAAGGAUUGUCUCAGCAGGGACUUAUUUUGCAGGCAUGGCAGCUGAUGAAUGAGAUGCUAGAAAAUGGCUGUAGCCUGGAUAUGUGGACAUACAAUAUAGUAAUAAAUGGUUUAUGCAAGAUGGGAUGUAUGUCAGAUGCCAAUAACCUUGUGAAUCAUGCAGUUGCUUUGGGCUACAUUCCUGACAUCUUUACAUUUAACACCUUGAUUGAUGGUUACUGUAAGCAGCUGAAACUGGAGAGUGCAAUUGAGAUUCUUGAUAUAAUGUGCGACCAUGGUGUUACUCCUGAUGUUAUCACUUAUAAUUCUUUGUUGAAUGGCCUAUGUAAGGCAGCAAAAUUGGAUGCGGUGAUGGAAACCUUUAAAACAAUGGUGGAGAAGGGUUGUGUUCCUAACAUAAUAACAUACAGUAUACUUAUAGACAGCCUCUGCAAAGCUCGUAAAGUUACUGAAGCUUUGGACUUGCUCAAGGAAAUAGAAAAUAAGGGUUUGACUCCCGAUCUUGUUAGUUUUGGCACAUUGUUAAAUGGGUUGUGCAAUAACGGUGACUUGGAUGGUGCGUACCAGCUAUUUAGAAGAAUGGAACAAGAACACAAAGUUUCUCAUACGACAGCAACAUACAAUAUUAUGAUCAAUGCUUUUUCUGAAAACCUAAACACUAAUAUGGCAGAAAAGCUUUUUAAUGAGAUGGGUGACAAAGGCUGUUGUCCAGACAAUUAUACUUAUCGUGUCAUGAUCGAUGGCUUCUGCAAAACAGGAAGCAUUAAUUCUGGUUAUAGUUAUCUCCUGGAAAAUAUCAAGAAAGGUUUCAUUCCUUCACUAUCAACAAUUGGUCGGGUUAUAAACUGUCUUUGUGUGGAUCAUAGAGUUCAUGAAGCAGUUGGUAUCAUCCACCUUAUGGUGCGGAAGGGUAUUGUUCCUGAAGCAGUGAACACAAUUUUUGAGGCUGAUAAAAAGGAGGUAGCAGCUCCCAAGAUUGUUGUGGAAGAAUUGUUGAAGAAGUGUAAUAUAACUUAUUAUGCCUAUGAACUUCUAUUUGAUGGCAUUAGAGAUAAAAAGCUAGGAAAAAAGAAAGCUUCCAAGUAGAAAUUUGAAGAUAGAAGAAAGGGUUCAUAUUAUGUUGGUAACUCGUUGCAUUGUGUUGAAGGAGAAAAUAGACACCAUCUGAGGACUAAUUUUAGAGUCACCUGAACCUUUGUCGUCAGAGCUGUUAGACAGCUGGGCCUUGUGGCAUUUGAAAGGAAUUUGCAGCAGAAUUCAUGGGGCUGAUAAAGACUCAAUUAAGCAAAAGUGCUGGUGGUUCUUUAGUUUUUUCAUCUAUAUCGAAUGUUGAGAACUUGAAUUUUGUCGCAUGAUGCCUCACAGAUGGGCAAUGUUCUCAGUAUCCAUGGAUAUUCCUCUCAAGAAACCACCAACAGCGGUAGAAUCACACAGCAGUUGAAAACUUGCAUGCAGUGUUGUAAUACAAAGUAUUCAUAUAUUACAAGAGAAGGGUAGCAGCUUGGCCAUGGACAUUCUGUAAAUUCAUUUAAAUUAUUAAAUUGCUGGUUGUAAAGUAGUUUUGAAUUGAUAGCCUGUUAAAAGUAUGAUAAGGAUUUGCUGCAGCAGUGAUAUGGUUGGUGGCUGAUAGUCCUUAAUGCAGAACACAAGGCACUGAAAGAAAAUUUACAAUAGUAAUUGUAAUUUUUUUAUAUUCCUGAAUAUAGGAACCAGAAUUUUGGAUUUG